AUGUCCAAUCUGAGUGGAGGCUUGUCCAGCGAAGACCUUCUUUUGACCCCCAACAGUUCGAGUAUAAGCCCCCCCAAAAUCCCCGCCAAACCCAAUACCCAAUGCCCCAACCCCAAUUCAAUACCCGAAUCAUCACCACCCUGCACCUCCACCACCGAGCCUCUCUCUGGUCCCGGUAUACCCAGCGCAGCGAAUAGCGGGACCACCCCCACCCCGCUAUUGGCAGCCAGGCCUAAGCGGGGGUCGCUGUUGAACAUCAAUACGAUACCGAACGAACAACGCACUAGCACCAAACCACGUGUGAGAUGGGACAACCAGGUGGUGCUGUUCCAUGCAGCCUCCACAGGCGAUCUGGACGAGGUCAAAGAGCAAGUCAAGACGGCUGGCCUGGACAGCACAAACGAGCUCAACAUGCACGCGAUGCACUACGCUGUCUACGGCGGUCAAUUGGAAGUCAUCAAGUUCAUGGUGGAGUCAGGCGCGACGCUCGACACAAAGAACACGGACGGUAACACACCACUGUACCUGGCGCUGAUUGAGGAGGAGGAUGCCAUCGCUCUGUAUUUUAUGGCCAAAGGGUCUGAUCUGCACUAUGAGAACUGUGGGGGUUGCAGUGCCUAUGACUUGGCUGAGAGCAAGGUCAUGAAGGCCGCCAUCAGUGAGAUGGACAAGGCCAGUCGUCGCAAUUCAGGUGCAAAGACCGAUCCUGCACCCGAAAAAGAGGACGGGGGACUGACCAGCAGUCUGAGACGGACCCCUUUAAUACCCGUUACACAGACAGCUGGUGUGAUGUGAGACCGUACAUAUCAUCGCGAUUUGAUUGGUUGUGCGGUUUUUCGUGGUUGAAUGCUGCGUUGUUAUUGGUUCCCGGGGGGAUGGGGUUGUCUGAACACUGCGAAUCGAUUGGCUAGCAAAAAUUACGGGUCAAUUACCAUGUAGAUAGACGGUGUGCAGACCAAACCAAUAAGUUCCAACCUGCCCUCCUUUUGACUGACCGAGACAUACGCAGAGAUGGCACCUAAAACCACCAGGGUACACAGGGAGAUAGGAACCAAACACGUAGACGAGUGGGGUGUGUGUUGGUGCAAUACUACUCGUGUGCAAGGCAUCUGUCCAAUUCACACCCACUGCCCUCCAACGGUCCUAUACUCUUUGGUUGGGACAGGGUGUUGCGAAAACCCCAUUUUAAACCCAUGUGUACAAACCUUCAUAAUGCCACUUACUAUAUUUGGGAACCGCGGAUUCUGCGGUGGAUCGUAUUGCUGCUGUAUUCACGCGAUAAUACCGUCAUCUAUACCUCUUGCCGCAUAUGGUAGGACCGAAGAUGGGCAGUAUCUGCGAUUCUACCUACUGAUUUUGUCCCUACGCCGUUGUGUGCGAGAGGAACUGCUGUGCGGGUUUCUCCCACUACUGGUGCUAUACUCUUAGUAAGAUUUACAGAAAUAAAUGACUAACUCUGAC